GCGCUGGCCGGGCCGCGGACCGACCGACAGAGGCACCGAUCGGCCAACUGUCCACUGCGCAGAAGGAGCGGCCGCCGCGUGCCCCACCCCGCCGCGCUGAGGCCAAGUCCGCGGAGCCGCGAGGAAGCCGAGGGCUGCGCGGGGAACCGUGCAGGUGUCACUCGGGACGCGGAAGUGCGCUUGCCGUGAAUACAGCUACCUACCCAGGCAAUAUGAAGAUUUUAUUUGUAGAACCUGCCAUUUUCCUUAGUGCAUUUGCUAUGACUUUGACCAGUCCGCUGACAACGCAAUAUGUUUACCGGAGAAUAUGGGAAGAAACUGGCAACUACACGUUUUCAUCUGAUAGCAAUAUUUCUGAGUGUGAAAAAAACAAAAGCAGUCCAAUUUUUGCAUUCCAGGAGGAAGUUCAGAAAAAAGUGUCACGUUUUAAUCUGCAGAUGGACAUAAGUGGAUUAAUUCCUGGUCUGGUGUCUACAUUCAUACUUCUGUCUAUUAGUGAUCACUACGGGCGAAAAUUCCCUAUGAUUUUGUCUUCCGUUGGUGUUCUUGCAACCAGCGUUUGGCUCUGUUUGCUUUGUUAUUUUGCCUUUCCAUUCCAGCUUUUGAUUGUAUCUACCUUCGUUGGUGCAUUUUGUGGCAAUUAUACCACAUUUUGGGGAGCCUGCUUUGCUUAUAUAGUUGAUCAGUGUAAAGAACACAAACAAAAAACAAUUCGAAUAGCUAUCAUUGACUUUCUAGUUGGACUUGUUACUGGACUAACAGGACUGUUAUCUGGCUAUUUUAUUAGAGGGCUAGGUUUUGGGUGGUCGUUUCUAAUUAUUGCUGUUUCUCUUGCUGUUAAUUUCAUCUAUAUUUUAUUUUUUCUUGGUGAUCCAGUGAAAGAGUUUUCAUCUCAGAAUGUUACUAUGUCAUGUAGUGAAGGCUUCAAAAACCUAUUUUACCGAACUUACAUGCUUUUUAAAAAUGCUUCCAGUAAGAGACGAUUUUUACUCUGUUUGUUACUUUUUACAAUGAUCACUUAUUUUUUUGUGGUAAUUGGCAUUGGCCCAAUUUUUAUCCUUUAUGAAUUGGAUUCCCCACUCUGCUGGAAUGAAGUUUUCAUAGGUUAUGGAUCAGCUUUGAAUAGUGCCUCUUUUUUGACUAGUUUCCUAGGAAUAUGGCUUUUUUCUUAUUGUAUGGAAGAUAUUCAUAUGGCCUUCAUUGGGAUUUUUACCACGAUGACAGGAAUGGCUAUGACCGCGUUCGCCAAGACAACACUGAUGAUGUUUUUAGCCAGGGCGCCUUUCCUUUUCGCUGUUGUGCCAUUCUCUGUUCUCCGGUCCAUGUUGUCAAAAGUGGUUCAUUCGACUGAACAAGGUACCCUGUUUGCUUGUAUUGCUUUCUUAGAAACACUUGGAGGAGUCACUGCAGUUUCUACUUUUAAUGGCAUUUACUCAGUCACUGUUGCUUGGUACCCUGGCUUCACUUUCCUGCUGUCUGCUGGUCUGUUACUACUUCCAGCCAUCAGUCUAUGUGUUGUCAAGUGUAUCAGCUGGAAUGAGGGAAGCUAUGAACUUCUUAUACAGGAAGAAUCCAGUGAAGACAAUAGAAGUUAA